CCGGGCUUUAUUACUUUUCCCCAAACGCCAAUGCCAGAUUCGGACUUGCGAUUAACUUUCUUACAACUUGUCCAACGCUAUGACAAUGCCACCAUAUCUCGACCCCCAACAGAGUUCAAUUCACCUUCAGAGUUCGAUGAUGAAGUCCUCGUGCCUUUGUACCUUUCCUCUUCACCCUCUUCCAAAGAUCAUCAAAUAGUGAUUGGUCUCCUUCGACCAGUCAUCAUCGAACAGCUCAAGACAGAGAAUGAACAGAGUCGACUUGCAAACAAACAGGAACUUUGGGAUCUCGAUAUUGAUACCGCGUCCUCAAAACCCCGCGUAAGCUUCGCUGGUUGGGUUGACACUCCAUCAAAACGCACCACAGCGAUGAAGGAGCUUUGCGAACGAUGGAGGGACUCUGGUGUUUUCCCAGACGUUUGUGGACCAAAAAAAUGGCGCGCAGAGCUGUAUCCGGUUUACAAAGACCCAUUCGGACCGCAUGAUCACCCCAAGGACGACUCAAAUGAGUCUAAUUUCGCAUUUGACAUGGAGCGCUCGGCGUGUGCACUGUUCGGUGUAGUCACUUACGGUGUGCAUAUGACUAUAUAUCAAGAAAUUGAGACGGAUAUGUCGAAAGAACUGAAAAUUUGGGUUCCCACAAGAGCCAAAACGAAACCGACAUGGCCUGGAUACUUGGACAACACAGUUGCAGGUGGCAUCCCUAGUGGAAUGGGUGUGUUCGAAUCCCUUGUCAAGGAAUGUAUGGAAGAGGCCAGUAUUACUGCUGAUGUGGUACGAAAAUAUACCCGAUGCGUUGGCUCUAUUAGCUAUUUCUUCCGGACGUCUGCUGGAUGGCUUCAACCUGAAAUCGAAUAUGUGUAUGACAUGCCCAUACCUUCAGACACCGAUCCUAUCCAGUUUACACCGAAACCACUUGAUGGAGAGGUGGAAUGUUUUGAGCUUCUUGAUCAAUCCACCGUCAUGGAUAAAAUGCGCGCGGGCAAGUUUAAAGCAAACUGUGCAUUGGUCCUCAUCGAUCUCUUUAUCAGACUGGGAUACAUCACGCCUGAUAACGAGCCAGAGUAUAUGAAGAUUAUUACCCGGCUUCAUGGACGUUUUGAGUAUGAAAAGUGGUAAACUAGGGUAAACUGGGUUGUUGAAGCGCAACAAGUCCAAUGGAACAAUGUACAGUAUCACAACGUUAUGCAGACCCAGAGAAGUACUUAGAUAAAUAAGAGUUAAUUAGAAGUAAAUAUUUAAGUUUGGC